CCCUGCAGCCUGGGGGUGCUCCCCCUGAAAAUGGGAUUUGCUGUGGCUCUGCUGUGGACAGUCAGAGCAUCAAUAAAUGGUGAUCUUCACUUCUGAUCCCCACAGCCCUGGGGCUUGUGGCCCAGCAGGCCCCCCAGGCCCUGAAGAUGCAGAUCCAGAGCAACUGUUCUGUUGUGGAUCAACAGGUCCACUCUGCCUCAUCUCAGGACAUCGAGCAUGGGGUUGGGACUGCAGGCUGCUGGGGUGGCCUGCCCCUCUGUCUAGAGAAGGGAGGGGACUCUGACCGAGGGUGGAUGGGGGUUUAGGAGGUCAUCAGGUCCCACUGCAGCUGCUCCAUGGGCUGUGAUGGUGCCUCCACAGCAGCAGAGCAGUGAAAUGAGGUCGAUAGAGCCCGAGUCCAGAUGCUGGGUGUGGAGUCCCCCCAGGGUCAGGGCGUGCUGGAUGCAGGGCUGUGCAUCCAGGGAGGGUUAGGAAGGGUUGGGGAUAGGGCUGGAGCUGGUUGGGACAGAGCCACAAUCCCCCCGUGCCAUGUCUGAGAGAAGAGCCUGCCUGUCGUGCCAGAGAGAGGCCCCGUGGAGCUGCCAGCGCCUGUGCUGCUGCCCUGGGGACGUGUCCCCAUGCUCACCUGCCAUGGCAGUGAGCAGACACAAUCCAGCUCCCACAGCACACCCCACCAGGAUCUCCAAGUGGAGCCGCUAGGACCACGGUGGUUCAUGCCCUGGCCCCCUCACCUGCACCACUGCUGCCCCACGCAGCUGCAGAGCCAUCCCCAUGCUGCCAGCACCACCUGGGCUCUGCCUGCCUGCCCUGCAUGGAGGGGAUUCACUGUCCUCACCUUCCUCCUCCUCACGGUCCGGUUCUGUGCUGAGCCCAGCUUUGGGGCUGCUCCAGCCGCGUGGAUACACCCUGAAACACAGAGGAGGCAAAUCCUGCACAGGACUGGGAUCUGCAGCUGCAGCCCUCUUCCCCCCAGCAGUGCUCAGCGGAGCAGCGCAGGACUGGGGCCAGGUGAUGGGGCCGUGCACGGAUGUCACCAGUUCUUGGGGGCCCUCGGGUUCUCUUGUGCGGUGCAAACUCCCUACAGCCGGUGGGGUGGGUGCUGUGGACUGCAGCGAUUUGCAGCUCUGAGGUGUUGAGCCUCUUGCAGCUCCCUCCGGGGGUGCAGGAGGCUCUCACAGUCAGCGCUGAGCGAGCUGCGAGCAUGGCAAGAGCCACGUGGAACGAGCCACUUGUCCCCAGGAGCAGCCGCCCAGCACGGGGCUGCCAGGGCUCGAGGUGAGCCCAGCCCUUGCCGGGGGCUCUGCCCAGCCCCUGCCGAAGGCUCUGCUCAGCCCCUGCCGGGGGCUCUGCCCGGCCCCUGCCGAGGCUCUGCCCAGCCCCUGCCGGGGGCUCUGCUCGGCCCCUGCCGGGGGCUCUGCCCAGCCCCUGCCGGGGGCUCUGCCCGGCACCUGCCGAAGGCUCUGCCCAGCCCCUGCCGGGGGCUCUGCCCAGCCCCUGCCGGGGGCUCUGCUCGGCCCCUGCCGGGGGCUCUGCCCAGCUCCUGCCGGGAUCUCUGCCCUGCCGCUGCGGGACGCGGUGCCCGGUGCCAGCGCUCACGCCGGAUCACGUCACGGGGCACGACCCCGUGUGCUGCUCGCUGCGGGCAGGGCGGGCCCCGCCACCCCUGUGCCACCCCUGUGCCACCUGCGGGGAACGCGCCGUGCCAGAGGCUGAGCCUCCGGGCCCGGCUCUGCCCCCAUGGCACUGUGGAAGGAGCCGGGUCUGGCUCUGGCACCGGCACCAGCAUCAGCUCAGCUACACUGUGCUGGCAGAGUGCAGGGCACUCGGGGGCUGUGGCAGAGUGCAGGGUAUUCGGGGGGCUGUGGCAGCGUGCAGGGUAUUCGGGGGACUGUGGCAGAAUGCAGGGCACUCGGGGGCUGUGGCAGAGUGCAGGGUAUCCGGGGGGCUGCUGGCAGCGUGCAGGGUAUUCGGGGCGCUGUGGCAGCGCUGUGGAGCGCUCGGAGGGAAUGCCAGCAGUGUGGUGCACUCGGGGGCUGCCAACAGUAGUGUGGAGCCCCAGCAGCCACCUCACCAUUUGGCAGCGGUGCCGGUGCCCCGAUGGAACACCCUGCAUCCAGCACGGCGCUGCCGGCUCCGGUGCCUUCGUUCUAUGACUCACAGGACUUGGCCGGUGCCGCCGCUGUGCUCGGGGUGUCUGCGGCCUCGCCCCGCGGUGUGACCUCGGCCCCCCCGCUCUGGCCGCUGAGCCGCAGCCAGGCUGGGGGUCCCAGCCGUGACCGUCCUGUCCCGGAGCUCCCGGUGCUCGGGGUGUCCCCAUCCCCUCCCAGGGAUCCCCCCCGCCGCCCCGGGUCCCUGUUUGGGCGCCGCUGCUCGGCGCGGCCGUUCCGCCGGGAACGCGAGGGCUGCACGCCGAGGAGCCACGGCUCAACCCGGUACAGGUCACCUGGGGCUCACCGGGGGCUCACCCGUGCAGCUCCCCGGCCCCGGUCCGGGCACGGGCCCCGGUGCCCCAUCGCACCCCGGCCGUUCAGCACCGCGGACAGCGGCGGAGAGUGAGACUGAAGAUGCGGCAGAGUCGGAAGGAGGACCGGGGAAACCGGGGGAAACUGGGGGACACCGGGGAAGCGGGGAUUAGCACGGCCCGAGGCACCUGCUCUCACCGGCCCCGGCCCCACCGUGCCUCUUUGGUGGGCGUCAGAAAAGAGCCGGAGUGGUGGCUCCCGGAGCCGAGCAGAGCGGGCUCUGCCGCCGCGCCCCUGUCCCUCAGCCCCGUCCCGGUGCCCCCCCGCUCCCGCCGUCCCGGUGCGUGCCCGGCGCUGACGUCAGCCCGGGCUCCGGACCGAUAUAACCCCGGGCGCGCCACCGGCUCGGCUCCCCCGGGACGGAUCGCUCCGGCUCCGCCGCCAGCACCGGCAGGAACAGGGCACGGGCACAGCGCACCGGGUGCAGAGGGACCGAGAAUGCGGCGGGCACUGCUCACGCUCCUGCUGCUGCUCGCCCGCCCGCCGCCCGCCGCCGCCCGCCCCGCCACCACCGACGGCUCCGUCCCGGCGGCCGCGGCCGCCGCUCAGGACCAGCCGCUCUGGCCGCCGCUGGCGCCGCCGCCCUCGGAGCCGUGGCGAGGGCGAAGGGACGAGCCGCCGCUCUCCAUCGACCUCACCUUCCACCUGCUGCGGCACCUGCUGCUGCUCGCCCGCGCCCAGAGCCAGCGCGCCCGCGCCGACUCCAACCGCCGCAUCCUGGACGCCGUGGGGCGCUGACCCCCGGCAUUCCCGGGUACCCCGAACCCCGUAACCCUGGGGCUGCACCGGCUCCAGCCGCCGCCUCGGCCUCUGCUCCGUAGGGCGCUCGGUACCGGCACCGGCACGGGCUGAGCCCGCCUCAGCCCCGGCGCCGGGGCGAGAGCGAGCGGAACCGGCCCCGCCGCCGCUCCGCACCGAUUUUGUAAUAAAACGUGGUG